CUCUAUUCAUCUCUUGCUCACCACUUUUCUCCAAACUCUCUUUCUUUCUCUCCCUCUCUCUAGUUUCCUUGUUCUUUUGGAGUUCGAGCAAAAAUAUCAACCAUAAUUGCUUAGUAUUACUAUAUAACUACGUAAUCGUUGCUGACUUGCUUCUAUCCUUUGUUGCAUGGAUGGAUCCUCAACAGGAAAUCUCAAACGAGACUUUGGAAACCAUAUUGGUAAGCUCAACAAAAGGAAACAACAAUAACAAUAAGAAAAUGGAAGAAGAGAUGAAGAAGAAAGGAUCAAGAGGAGAAUUAGGAGGUGAAGCUCAAAGCUGUCCAAGAUGUGAAUCUCCAAACACAAAGUUUUGUUACUACAACAACUAUAGUCUCUCUCAACCUCGUUACUUCUGCAAAUCUUGUCGGAGAUAUUGGACUAAAGGCGGUACACUCCGUAACGUCCCCGUCGGUGGUGGUUGCCGUCGAAACAAACGAUCAUCAUCUUUCUCCAAGAACAACAACAAUAAGUCUAUUAAUUUCCAUAAUGAUCCUCUUCAUAAUAAUCCUUUGAUCACGGGAAUGCCACAAUCAUCUUUUGGUUACGACUCCAUUGAUCUCAACCUCGCUUUCGCUACUCUUCAAAAGCAUCAUUCAUCAUCUCAGGCUACUACGCCUUCUUUUGGUUUUGGAGGCGAUCUUUCUAUUUAUGGAAACUCAGCCAAUGAUGCAGGGAUCUUUGGAGGACAAAAUGGUAAUUUCAACCAUAGUUUGUGUUAUGGGUUUAUGUCCGGAAAUGGUAACAAUCAUCAAAGUGAUAUCAAGAUGGCUUCUACAUUGGGGAUUUCUUUGGAAGGAAACGAGAGAAAGCAAGAGAGCGUGGGCAAUAACAACAAUAUCUCAGAGAGUCCUAGCAAGGUCUUAUGGGGAUUUCCAUGGCAGAUGACCGGUGACUCUGCCGGAGUUGUACCGGAGAUUGAUCCCGGAAGGGAAAGCUGGAAUGGGUUGGCUUCAUCUUGGAAUAAUAAUGGUUUACUCAACGCUCCUUUGGUCUAGAAAGAUCAUUAAUAAAUAAAUAAUAUUACUCUAUAUUAAAGUUUAUCUCAUCACUUGUUUGUAUACCACUUUCACUAAUAUGGGGAUGUUUGGUUUUUCUUAUAAUUUCUAGGGUUUCCAUCUUUUUUUCGUUUCCCAAUUUUCUUGGUUGAGACAAAAGACCUUAGAAUUCUCUUCUUUCGAAAACAAAAAUAUUUUCUUCUUUUGUGUUUUAAUUUGUAAUUUAAUGGUGGAUGGGUUGGUUAAUUAUUUGUUACUCUGUAAUAUUUUCAUUAUCCGUU